UGGCUAUUACAGAAAUAUUUGCAGAAAAAAAAGAUGAUAGAAGUUACAAAUGUCUAAAAACAUCUGUAGUUCCUAAAUCGUAGUAGGCUUGGGCAAGUCUUGGAAGGAUCUAGUCCGAUACCAUUGCCAGACACCUAAUACCCGAAAGACUCGGCUUCUGUGACUAAUAAUUGGCACUUCUUGAUACUGAUCUUGAGGUUUCAUUUCACUAGUGUAUUUAGAAUCUUUGAGAUGUGUACCAUAUAUUCUGUUUCGGUUGCGUAAUAAGUCAACUCAUCGUCAAUGCAAAUGGUAGUGAAAUCCAGCUAAUAAAAGAUUUGCUGUAUGAGGCAUUGUGAAAUGGCUGGGCAGUUAGUAACGCCUAAUGGCAUUACGAGGAAUUCAAAAAGACUCUUCUCCGUGGAAAAUGUAGUAUUACAUAUGUCGCCUGGGCUCGUGGGAAUCUGUCAAUAGCCGUACUUGAGAUCUAGUGUCAAGAAAUAUUUGGGAUAAAUCGCCCUGUCUAAUAGAUCAUCAAUAUGUGGUAAGGGGAACUAGUCUUUGCGGGUCACAUCAUUUAGUGUUUCAUAAUUGAUGCAGUAUCUUAGAGUAUUACCUGGAUUUGGUACUAAUAUUAGCUGGGAGCUUCAUGAACUAUUACUUGGCCAAAUAACCCCUUUUACCAACGUUAUCUUCGUUUAUGUGCUCAGGGCUCAGGGCUCAGUUCUCCGCUGCUGACUGUCUGUAGUCUGAGGAAUGAAUAGGAAGACUGCUACCAGAUAGAUACUAGCUGCGCACUGGUGCAUUUGUGAUGGUUUGUUUUGGGCUACCAUUGUACAGUUCAGGGUAUUUUUUUUUGCAAUGCACUUGGUUUUCAGGGAAGAAAUUAAUCGAGGAGAUGUGAAAAGACCGGAUGUCGAAGAUAAAGCUUCAGUGAGUGCACCACAGGGCCAAGGUGCUGCUGCUAAUAAUUUGACAUGGCCGAACAUGGAAGACAGCUUCCCAUACUGUCCACUUCUGUGGGCACUGGGUGUACUGACACGACAAGGAGUUGAGUAUAGAACGAUAGCAUAUGUUGCGGGAGGUGUAAUGGGAGUGGAAAGCCCCAAAAUGAACGCCAUUCUAGCAGUUGCAACUCAGGGUGGUCAUUGGGAGGCAAUGCCGUUGAACUUGCGUUUGGGAGGGGAUAGCUUAGAGGCUCUAAUCAAACAUAAAUGCACCAGAAGCAUUAAUGCGCUUCCAACCAGAGGUGUUAGGUGCAGAAGAAGCUGUGUAGGUUACACCAUCCAGCAGCUUCAGAGAAAGACAAGUGGUGCAGCUCAAAAUGUGAUUCGCAGUUUGCAACCAACAAAUGAAGGCGAGGGUCCCCAAAGGACUUGUUCAGUACUUUCGGUUGAAUCUGCGAGUCCAACACGCCUAAGCCUUUUUGCAGUUUCUGAAAACAUAGAAGACAGGAUCGCCAUAGAGAGCAUAUUCCGCCGGAGGAAACGGCCUAAAAUGGAACAGAGUUUGUCGAAGAACCUUUUGAGGACAGUUUUUAUUCGAAGAGCAUGCCAAACACAGGAGAGAAUCAACGUGUUCACGACAGUAGCUCGACAUAUGACCGAGCGUAAUCACUACAGGCGCAUGCUACAAGACGAUUUGACUGUAUUCGGAAGUGAGGUACAGAAUUGA